AUGAUGAGCCAAGAGAGUUUAGCUGAUACUGAUAUAAAUAUAUAUUUUGUUAUUCCAAACAACUAUAAAUCCGAAAAUGACUGUGUUGAAGAUAUGUGGCAUGCAUACAAUAAAUGUUGCGAACAUGAUUUAGAACCAACAUGGAUAGAUGAAAAAAGCUGUAAUAUAAUGAAGCCUAAUAAAAAUGAUGUUUUUGUAAUUGAGAAAUUUGAAGGUGAUGCAUUCAACAAAUUAAAAACAUUUAAAUGCCCUAUAGUUGGGCCAAAGUGUCUACUGCUUUGUUUUAUUAAUGGAGAACCAAUUCCAGAAGGCAGAAGUCCUGUGUAUACGACAGCUAUGAGAGGUCUUUGUAUAUGUCCUUCUGGUUUUCCCCCAGAAGAAAAAGAAAAUAUAGAAAAAUUAGUAGAGUACAUGGGAGGAAUUUUUACAAAACAAUUACGAAGUCGUGUAACACAUCUUGUAACAGCGUCUGUUAUGUCUGCUAAAUAUGAGACUGCAAUAGGUAUGAAAAUACCAAUAUUUACAAAAGAAUGGGUUGAAGCAGUUUGGGAAACAAAUUUAACAAAUUUUGUUAAAGCAGAUGACAGCAUAUUUGUUAAAUAUAAAGCUUCUGUGUUCCUUAAUUUAGUCGUAACAUCAACAAAUCUUCCAAAACGUCAGAAAGAUGAAAUUAAACGUUUAAUUAAUAAUAAUGGAGGGACAUUUAUGGGUCCUUUGGAUGGUGCAAAAGUUAAAGUUCUACUUGCACUAGAAACUAGUCCAAUAACUGAAAAACUCAAAUUUGCAAAACAAGCUAACAUUGCUUGUUUAACACCAGAUUGGGUAUAUGAAAGUAUAAAAGUUGGUUAUGCUUUGCCUUUUAAAGAUUAUUUAAUUAAAUCAUUAAAGGCAUUUUCUACACCAGAAAAAUCAAAUGUUUCUAACAGUUUCAAUUGCUCUACAAUAAGUUCCAUAGCAUGUGAUCUACAGCCAGGUAAUUGCAUUGAUGAAACUUCAAUAACAAUGAGCAAUGUUUCUUCCUCAGAUCUAUUAUGUAACAAUACUCCUACUGCUUCUACAGUUGCAGUUUUAGAUAGACUUACAUUUAGCGAAGCAAAAUCGGCUGGUCCGUUUUUAGAUGGUUGUAGUAUUUAUCUUGCUGGAUUUGCUUCUAAUCAAAAGGAUAAAAUUAACAAAAUAUUGAAUGUAGGUAGUGCGACACGACUUGAUGAUAUAUCUGAUGCUUUAACGCACGUUAUUGUCGGCGAUACAAACAAAGCAGCUAGUGAAUUAAAAUUAAUGAAAUCAAAAGGAUUAUGUCCAUAUAUAUUAUCACUGGAAUGGUUGGAAGAAAGUAUCAAAUUAAAACGACCUGCACCAGAGGAAAAUUUCUUAUCUGAACAAAAAAGUAUCAUGGACGAAAAAGUUACAGAACCCCCGUCUCCAUUAAGUAAAAAGAAUUUACAAAUGCUACAAAAACCGAGAAAGGUUUCCAUACCAUCUUUUGAUAUAGAUCGAAAAUUAGCGAUGUUAGAAAAAGAAAAAGAAUCUUCUGAUCUCCUUCAACAAUAUUUUCAAGAUACAAUUGUUGAAACAAAUGAUAAAACAAUACAAGAAUUUUUGAAACCACAUACGCCUGUUUCGGAAAUAAAUAGUGAUAAAACUUUAAUUACUGACCGAAAAAGUGAAGGAAAAUGUUUCCCUGCAUUUGAAACAAAUAAAUCAGAACAAAGUAAAUAUUUAGGAGAUGAUAGCGCAGUACCAAUCAGUCAAAUAUCUACUUUGAAUGAUAGAUUAUUUGAAGGGCUGACAUUUGUUGUAACUGGCUUUAGUGAUGAAGAUAGUUAUGUAGCUGAAACUAUUGCUGCAAUGAAUGGAAAAGUAGUUUCAAGUACAUUUGCAGGCAUUCCAGACUAUGGUGUUGUGCCACAAUGUGGUGCACCUUUAAAACACACAGUAAAUGAAAUUGUUACCAAUUUAUUUAUCGAAGAUUGUAUAAAUACGGAACAAAUAGUUGAAAUUAUGUAUUAUCAUAGACCUCUAUCUAUAAAAAAACACUCAAAUCCAUUAUCGGGUUGUGUUAUUACAAUGAGCAUGUAUACUGGAAUAGAACGAACAUACCUCUCGACAUUAGCCACGGAAUUGGGUGCCAUGUGUCAGGAUAUUUUUGUUCGCAAAACUAGUCUUGAAAAAAAUAUACAUGGAAGUACACAUUUAGUUUGCCCAACACCUACGGGAAAUAAGUAUAAUGCAGCAGUGAAAUGGAAAUUACCAGCUGUUACCGCAAACUGGUUAAAAUCCUGUGCAGCUCAAUCAAAACGGGUUGAUGAAACACCAUUUCUUGUAGGAGAAACAAUAGCUCCUGAAAAAUUAAGUCAAAUUAGUGAUGCACAUGUAAGUUCAUCUAAAAUUAUCUCAAAUCAAAUGGGCCCUCCAAAUGAAUCAACAACUAGGAAUAUUAUUACACCAAAACAUCAUUUACAAAAUUUAAAAAGUCAAGAUGGGAGUUCCGGUGAUACACCGUUAAUAAAUAAACGACUGAGUUUACUUAUGAAUAAAACUCCACAAUCACCAUUUCAUGUGACUACACCAGAAACUCCAUAUGGUCAAGUAUUUAAGCCCAACCCUUCACCAGACACGAGGAAAGGUUGGGUGAAAUGGGUUGACAACUUCCCGGAUUUAAGAGUAGAAGAACCACCUUUAAAAAAAAGAGCACUUAGUACACCUCUUUCAGAACUUAAAAAACAGUUAUGGAAGAAGUUAAAAGAUCAAGAUCAUGAUCCAGAGAGUAAUGAAGAUGAAACGUUACCUACUAAUAAUAGUACAAUGGCAACAGAAUUACCAGAAGUAGCAAAAAAUUGUGAAAUAACUGCCACUACACCCAUUAAUAGAAAAUUAGAAUUUACCGAUGAGAAUAGUCCACUACCAAAUAAUGAAAUAAACAUGCAAAUUGCACAACUCGAUCAAGUACUUCAAAGAACAUCAAGUACACCUGAAAAUAGAUAUUCUCUUUCCGGAGAAAAUGCGAAUACAUACAACACAGAACAUUCUGAUCCCAUACAGAAAUUUAUUGCAAAAGAUUCUCAACCUGUUGAUGCUAUUGUGUGGGAAGAUCCCAGUCAUUCAAAACGUUUGACGCAUGAAGAACAUAAUGAAAGUAUUGCACACGAAGAUCACGCUACAAACGUUGAUGAAAGAGAAUCAUUAGAAGAAGAAAUUGAACUUCCACAGAAAUCAAAAUUUAUGCUGUCUGGUGUAAAGGAUAGAACAGCAUACGAACAAGUAAUAAAAAGUCUUGGUGGCGACGUAUCAUCGGACAGUAAUUUUGAUAUAAGUGCAACACAUUUACUUUGUCUUAGACCAUCAAGGAACGAAAAAAUGCUUGGAAGCAUAGCAUCGGGAAAAUGGAUUCUACAUUGCAUGUAUCUACGAGAUUCGGAGCAAGAAGGAAAAUUUCUUGAUGAAGAAAAUUAUGAAUGGGGGAAUCCAAAAAGUAAAGGCAUUAUACCAGACCCUAUUGGUGAAGUUGAAGAAGCAAUUGCAGCAGCUGCAUAUAAGUGGAGGCUUAAAUUAUUAAAAGAACCAAAUGGACCGUUUUAUAACAUGGUUGCUUUAUUAUUAGCUUCUGGAGACAAAUACGACCAGUUUAAAAGAUUAAUCGAAGCUGGAGGUGGUAAAGUUGUUCAGGCAAGGCCCCCAUAUGAUACAAGCCCAACUGGUAAAAGGAUUAGUCACUGUUUUGUUAAUAUUAGACAAGUCAGUCAGCCGAUCGAUUGGGCAAUGUUGGCUAGCAAAGGUAUUCUUUGUUUUAUGCCACAAUAUUUGAGCGAUUAUCUUACAGCGAAAACCCCAUUAAAUCCACGGGAAUGUGUGAUUCCAGAAUUUAAAAAGUAUUUAACAUUAUUACCAAAAUGAAACGAUAAUAAAUAAUGCAUUUAAAAAAACUUCCUGCAUAAUAGUAUUAACAAAUUUAUGUGUACCAACAAAUUUGUACAUAAAAGAAAAUAUAUAUUAUCAUAUUUUAUUAAAUUGCUUCUUUAUU